UACAUAUAGUUUCUUUUAGUUAACUUGGGUAUUGUUUUCGAGGGGGGAGGCUUGCACCCUGUCAUUUGAAUGGAGAAGGUGACUAGGGUACAGCUUUGGGGUUCAACACUGCAAACUGGCAAUCUAUAUAUUCAGGGAUCGGUGUGUUCCAAAACCGGAAGUAGUUAGCAUUGUGGGACUUGUAGUUCCGCUCUGGUGCUCUUGGGGGUCGAUAACAGCGUGUGGAGGAGAAAAAACAAAACUAAAAAUUAAAAAAAAAAUUUCACUGGAUUGCAAAAAAAAUCCAAGUUAAACUUCCCGCUAAGCAUGCCUGGCUUCACGUGUUGCGUCCCCGGCUGCUACAGCAACUCCCACCGGGACCGCGAACUGCGCUUCUACACCUUUCCAAAGGACCCAGUGCAGAGAGACAUCUGGCUGAAGAACAUCUCCCGGACCGGGGUGAGCGGCUGCUUCAGCACCUUCCAGCCCACCACCGGCCACCGGGUCUGCAGCAUCCAUUUCCCCGGGGGCAGGAAGACCUACAGCAUUCGGGUGCCGACACUGUUCCCGCUACGCGGCAUAAACGAGAAAAGGGGCAGGCGAGGGAGAAACAGAAAGGUGUCUGCUCCUGCUGCCGCCUGUGUUGUUUCCAUUCCUGCCUCCGCAGCUACUGUUGCUGCCACGUUUGACGUGACAGCAUCGUACGCGUCCACUUGCAGCCUCCUCAUCGCAGUGAAACACGAAGACACCGGCAUCGGUGCCAGCUAUCAAGGGCUGAGUGAGCAAAGCGCUGAGACCGAGCGCAAGAGGGGACCGGACGAGGCAAAGCCCAUUGACCUGACGGUGCAACAAGAAGCCGACGGGUACUGCGAGCCAGUGACGGCGUCCACCUCGGAGGGGGAAGGCGUUCCGGCGGCCCCAGGCGGAGAAUUUACUUACCCCGCAACGUCCACCCCGACUGUCGCUCCGGUUGUGGUGUACAACGGCAAGGAGACGUUUGAUCACUCGUACUCGCUGACGUCCGGAACCACCUCCACGGAUCUGCUGAAGAAACUGAACGAGCAGCGGGAUAUCAUCGCCCUGAUGGAGGUCAAGAUGAAGGAGAUGAAGUCUACCAUCCGACAGCUCAGGAUAACAGAGGCGAAGCUGAGGGAAGAGGUGAGGGACAGAGACAGGAUCCUGUCCAUGGCUGUAUUAAGGAAGAAGCACGGCGUGUAAUUGUGACUGUGUGUUUCUUUAUUAAGAAAGAAAAGGAAUGGAAAUUU